AUGGAGCAGGAGAGAAAAAGAGAGAGUGAAUCAGAGAAAGAAAGGGUUGAAGGGCUUCCGAUAAAGGACAGUCCCUACGUGCAAUACAAGGAUCUGGAGGAUUAUAAGCAACAGGGUUAUGGGACGCAUGGCCAUCAAGAACCAAAGACAGGUCGUGGUGCUGGAGCUACUGAAGGACCCACUCUUUCUGGUUCUGCACUUUCCUCUCAGUCCCAAGCCACUGCUACUGCUGCAAAUAAUCACAAAGGACUUCCUUAGUUAACACCACCUCCUACCCUGCAAUACCUCAAUAACAUCUUAAUCAUUUCUAUUAUUAAACGUUUUAAAUUUCCGUUUCUACUUUUCUUCUCCAUGCUGUCAAUUACUUAUGUUACGUCUGGAAAUUUAUAAGGCUACAAGGGAUAUUGGAUAUUCAUUCCUUUCAUUUUCCUUCUUCUUUUUUAAUCAAUAUUGCCGCCGUGUAUUUAUAUAG